AUGCCAACCGACUUCGACGCCCUGCGCGCGUCCCAAUUCUCGCGCCUAGACGCCGCCUCUCCGCCGCACGCCUACCUAGACUACACGGGGUCGGGUCUGUACCCGCAGUCGAUCCUGCACCACCACCAAACCCUCCUGCGCACGCACUGCCUGGGCAACCCGCACUCGUCCAACCCGACGUCCGCGGUGUCCACAGCGAAGAUCGACGCCGCGCGCCGCGCAGUCCUGCGCUACUUCAACGCCGACCCGGCCGAGUACUGCCUCGUCUUCACCCCCAACGCCUCGGCCGCCAUCAAGCUCGUCGCGGAGGCCUUCCCGUUCACCCCGCGCUCCGCCCUCCUCCUCCUCGCCGACAACCACAACUCCGUCAACGGCAUCCGCGUCUACGCAUGCCGCGCGGCCGCCUCCACCACUUACAUCCCGCUCGCCUCCGCCAUGCGCUGCCCGCCCCUCGCCCCCUACCUGCACAAACGUAAUACGGACGCGAACAACCUCUUCGCUUUCCCCGCCCAGUCCAACUUCUCCGGCGUCAAGCACGACCUCGCCGCCGUCCGCGCCGCACACAGGCACGCAUGGUAUGUCCUGCUCGAUGCAGCCGCCUUCGUCCCCACCUCCAAACUCGACCUUUCUGUCGUCCGCCCCGACUUUGUCCCCGUUUCCUUCUACAAGAUCUUCGGCCUGCCCACCGGCGUCGGCGCUCUCAUCGCUAAGAAAAAGUCCCUCGCCGUCCUCAAGCGCCCCUGGUUUGCGGGGGGCACCGUCAAGUAUGCCAGCGUCAAGAACAAUGUCCACUCCCUCUGCACGGACGAGUCCGCCUUCGAGGAGGGCACCGUCAACUUUCUCUCCAUCCCGGCCAUCACCUUUGGCAUUCAAUUUAUUUCACGCAUUGGCAUUGACAACAUUAACGCCAGGGUCCAUGCCCUCACCACCACCCUCCUCCGCGGCAUGCUCGCCCUCAAGUAUACCAACGGCGCCCCUAUGCUCACCAUAUACGGCCCGCACACCAUGAAGGACCGCGGCGGUACUAUUGCUUUCGAUGUCCUCACCCCGACUGCAUCCCGCGUCGACGCACGCCACAUUGAGAAGGCCGCCAACAAACAAAACAUCUCCCUCCGCACGGGCUGCUUUUGCAACCCCGGCGCAGCCGAGACUGCCCUCAAAGCCCACGCCUCACGCACGAGCAAGUGCGUUCACCUCAUACCGAACACUGACCUUUCCCUGGAGCACGUCUCCAAAUGCGUCGGCGAGUAUCUCGGCGCUAUUCGCGUAAGCGUCGGCAUUGCCACUUCGGAACAGGACAUUUCUACUUUCCUUUCCUUCCUCCGCAAGUUCUGCUCCAAGUUCCAGGGAGGCAGAGGUGGCAUCAAGAACGCUGCCGAUAUCAACAGCGGCAUUAUCAAACUCGUCUUGGAUGAUGUCAGGGACUCGCGCAAGAAGCAUCGACAUCAUCAUCUCAGUAGUCAGAGUUGAGAGUCUGGUUUUUUGUUUUGUUUUGUUUAGACCGCCGAGAUUCCAGUUCUUCACACGUAUUUUUGGAGCAUGAACUGACAUUUUACUUUAGUGCUAACGCAUAGAUCAUAGAUUCACAUUUUAGAGUUUUGUAGUUCUGCUUGCAGUUCAAGUAAAGCAUAGUUGCCGCCCCAUUCACAUCUUUGCACCA